CUUAUGAAUAUUUAUCUAUAUUACAAUAAGGUCGUGACCAAAGCCACGCCCCUUAUGUGGGUUGCUUUUUCUGAGCGGUCACGUUGCGUUGCGGCAUUGAAACGGGAAGCUGUCGACAGAAGUGCAUCUUUUGCAUCCCUCAUCUCUUAAGCAGGUCUCUUUGAGCUAUAGACAUCAUGACGCACCAGUACCCCGCUCUUACGACCGCGCAGAAGAAGGAGCUGGAGGAAAUUGCUCAGCGUAUCGUAGCUCCAGGGAAGGGCAUCCUGGCUGCAGAUGAAUCCACAGGUAGCAUGGCUAAGCGCCUGAACCCCAUCGGUGUUGAGAACACAGAGGAGAACCGUCGUCUGUAUCGUCAGCUUCUUUUCACGGCCGACGAACGCAUUGACCAGUGCAUCGGUGGUGUCAUCUUUUUCCACGAGACCCUCUAUCAAAACGCAGAUGAUGGCACCAACUUCGCCGAAUUGAUUAAAAACAGGGGCAUUGUUGUGGGCAUCAAGGUUGACAAGGGUGUCGUCCCUCUGGCUGGAACAAAUGGCGAGACCACAACACAGGGGCUUGAUGGUCUGUCAGAACGUUGUGCUCAAUACAAGAAAGAUGGCGCAGACUUUGCAAAGUGGCGUUGCGUGUUGAAGAUCAGCGAGACCACGCCCUCAGAAUUGGCCAUCAUGGAGAAUGCCAAUGUCCUUGCUCGCUACGCCAGCAUCUGCCAGCAGAAUGGUAUUGUGCCCAUCGUGGAGCCUGAGAUUUUGCCUGACGGUGACCAUGACUUGAAGCGCUGCCAGUAUGUUACAGAGAAGGUCCUUGCUGCCUGUUACAAAGCCCUGUCUGACCAUCACGUUUAUCUGGAGGGUACUCUUCUCAAACCCAACAUGGUGACCGCUGGACACUCCUGCCCUACCAAAUACACCAAUGAGGAAAUCGCCAUGGCAACAGUGACAGCCCUGCGCCGCACCGUUCCCCCCGCAGUUACAGGUGUUACGUUCCUCUCUGGAGGCCAGAGUGAGGAAGAAGCCUCCAUUAACCUGAAUGCCAUCAACACCUGUCCUCUGAAGAAACCCUGGGCCCUUACCUUCUCUUAUGGACGCGCCCUGCAGGCCUCUGCCCUAAAUGCCUGGCGUGGAGCUAAAGAAAAUGAGAAGGCCGCCACAGAGGAGUUCAUCAAACGUGCUGUGGUUAAUGGCUUGGCUGCUCAGGGCAAGUACGUCUCAAGUGGAACCGGCGGGGCAGCAGGACAGUCCCUUUACGUAGCCAAUCAUGCCUACUAAACAUCCUGCAUCACAACCUUCCAGUUUCCGCCAGCCAAUAGUAUAGUGCACAGCUGCUACCCUUCCUGUCACCAACCAAUCACAGGCCUGCGCUGUCUUCUGUACUUUAGGGUUGUCAUUGCAGUGUCUCAUUAUGUAUCUAUUUAAAAUAUAAACUUUAGAAACGGUAUAUAAAGAAAGUUACAUAGGAGAUUAAGAUUAUUAUUAUUUUUAAAGGUUCUUGGCAUGGUUUCAUGCUACUGUACGAUCAAUAAAACAGUAUUUUUGUGGCCCUGUAGACAGUUUCAAGUAAUGUAUGUAAAUGUUCGUCAAUUUUUUUCUUCAAUUUACAUUCCGGUUUUGGCACAAACAUUCUAGUUGACUUAUCUAUCACAUUCCUUUAUAGUGAAGUAUGACCUCAUCAAUCCUCAAAAUAAAGACUUGUGGAUGAAUUAGUUACUGGAGUGCAGUUCAUUGAAUGGCAGCAGGUGCAGUUUAUUAUGGAGGGAAUGAAACAGAGUAAUAUAUAUAUAAUAGUUCGGUAGACUUGUAUUAAACACUGGCAGCCUCUCAACAGGUUCAUGUGAUUAAUUCCACCAGACAUUCGGAAAUAUUCUUUUGUGUGGUGUUGACGUUUUAUAUCAAUGCUUUGUCUGGGCUGUGUAUACUGUUCAAAAGAUUUAAUAUAAACUACUAAUAUUAGUUUGAAAACAUGGGAGUUGUUUUGAAAUUGUGCUCUGUUGUAAUUGUGUGCUUGAGUGUACCAUGCUCUUCCUCUCUUCCCCUUGUUUGUGUCACAGUGCUACAUGAAUAAUAUAAUUUAAUAUGGGCGGAGCGGAGUGGACCAAACUGUGGAGCUUCAGGGGAGGAGAGCAGUCACUGCUCUGUUGACAAAAAUGUGAUCUUGUGAUGUGAUAUUGUUCUCUAAGCACUUGUCAGAUAGUAAAAAAUAAAAUACUUUAAAACCUCA